GGCGGGCCGUUGGCCCUCGGGGUGCGCGGGGGUCCCUGGGAAGGCCCGGCUGAGAACUUGAUGGCGGGCCGCCGCCCCCACGGCGCCUAGCACAGUGCCCAGUGCCGGGCCCUGGCCCAGCCAUCCGCGCGGCUUGGCGGGCGAGAAUGGGCUGAGCCGCAGGCGCCGCAAGGUGUCACGGGCACAUCGCGACGGGGGAGUGCCAGGGACUGGGGGAGAGCCCGCACUCCCCCUCCAGCUGUUCCCAGAUGUCAUUCUGCCCGCCCAGGCGCCUGGUUCCUGAGCUCAGGGGGAUCCCACGGUUACUAAGCUACUGGUUUUUGUUGACUUUCAAAUAUUUUCUUCUAAGGGAGAGGAGAAGGGGGGCAAAAGCCAGGAAAGAGCAAAUAAAAAGAAAUCAAAAUAAGCUCCCCCUCCCCAAAAGAAAGCUGUCCUCCAUCCACCACUCACACACAAAUCGAAGGCCUCUGAACAUAGUCACCUUGCUGAAGCAACAGCCAAACAGAACUGACCUGCUUCUGCCCAUCUUCAUCUCCCUUUCUGGUGAAUGAGGGGUGGUGGUGGAUGGUCUCCCUGUCUUCGAGCCCUGGGGGGACAAAGAGGCUUCCGGAAAGAGAGGAGGAAGAUGGCCAGUGGGAAUGGGCUCCCUUUAUCCUCGGCCCUGGUGGCCAAGAGACCCUCUGCCCUGGGCCCAUUCCCCAGACACAUCUGGAUCCACCAGGACACACCCCAAGACAGCUUAGACAAGACUUGCCAUGAAAUCUGGAAAAGAGUUCAAGGCCUGCCUGAGGCCUUGAAGCCCAGGACCUCGAAGGAACAGCUCUCCACCCCCAUGGCUGGGACUCCAAGAGACAACGGGCUCAGCUUCCAAGAAGAAGCUCUGGAGCUCAGCCGUGACAAAGAUGAGAUCUCCCUGUUGGUGGAGCAGGAGUUCUUGAGCCUGACCAAAGAGCACUUCAUCUUAGUCACAGAGAGCUUGGGGGAGCUGGACACACCCGGCGUUUCCCCCGAGGGGCCCAGACAGCCGGCUCCCUGCCUCCUCGCCCCUCCUCCUGUGGCAAACAGCAGUGAGUACCCCGGAACCACCAUCAUUGCCGCCGACACACUUCUGGAGCCGAAGGUGGCCGUGUCCGUGAUCAGCAGCCGGCAGGACUGCGACUCUGUCAUGUCUACAGUCACGGGCAUUCUGCGUGCUGCCAAGGUCAAGAGUGUCAAGGGGACAGAGGAUGGGGGCCACAUCCUGGGUGCCUCCAACUCGGAAAUCAAUAAGCUCCUGGCCCAGUUCCCACUGAAGUCCACAGAGGCAACCAAGUUUCCUGACAACAAGAUGGUGCUGGAGGAGAUGAGGGUCAUCAAGGACUUCCUGCAGAACAGCAUGUUCAGCGGCCUGGGCUCCAGGGAACCCACGGAGCUGGGCCCCUUCCUCUUGCUGCCGCCCCCGUGUCCCGCACCUCCUGACAAGCUCCCUGAGCUCCCUGCUCAGAAGAAGCAGCUCCCGGUGUUUGCCAAGAUCUGCUCCAAGCCCGAGGCCGACUCCGCCAUGGAGGGGCACCUCUUAAUGGAAUGGAACUCUGGUGCCAAGGAGCCGACCAAGGGUCGUCGAGAGAGCCUCUUUCUCAGUCAGUGGCCCCAGAGCCGGAAGGACACGUGUGGUGAGGAAGGGUGCAGUGACCCAGUGGGCUCCAUCUCCAUGGCCCUACCAGCCAAGAAGCCUGCGUGGCCAGCCAAGAAGAACCUGCUCUAUGAGUUUCUUGGGGCCGCCAAAAACCCAAGCGCGCAGCUAAAGCUUCGCAGCAAAGUGGAGGUGGAUGCGCUGGAGCUGAAACUUAACCCACCUGUGACGGCGGCCGACAAGAGCAACCUCAAAUACACAGGGAAUGUUUUCACCCCACGCUUUGCUACAGCCUUGACCUCAGCCACCCCGAACCAGCCGCUCUGGCUCAACCUGAACUAUCCACCCCCGCCCGUGUUCACAAAUCACUCCACCUUCGCACAGUACCAGGGCCAGUACCCACAGUGCGCAGCCAGGAUGCCCUAUCAGCAGGCCCUGCACCCCAAGCUGGGCUGUUACUCCCGACAGGUGACGCCGUACAAUCCACAGCAGAUGGGACAGCAGAUUUUCCGCUCUUCCUACACGCCCCUGCUGAGCUACAUCCCCUUCGUCCAGCCCAACUAUCCAUACCCUCAGAGGACACCUCCAAAGCUGUCCACCAAUCCCCGAGACCCUUCCCCCAUGGCAGGAGAUGGGCCACAGCACCUGGUCCCCCAGGCGUACGGGUUUGGCUCAACGGCUGGCAGGCCCGUCAUGAACAGCCCGUAUUUUUCCUCCAGUGGGAAUGGUAUAAAGUUUUAGAUGACUUUUUCUCUUCCCUCCUCCUGCCUUAGCCCUUGGGUUAGGGCUAAGGGCUCUGGAACUCUGGAUUCUGUAAUAGCGUGGCCUGAGGUUUGGAAAGCCAAGGUUCCGACCAGGUCACAGGCAGAAAACAGCAAGACCAGACUCAUCUAUUGACCAACUCUCUCACACACACCACACACUGUUCACUGCACACGCACCUCCCUCAUAUUCAUACUCACCUGCUCAACCACAUAUGUACCUGUAUUUAGCUGACAUGAGUGAUUUUUUGUUUUUGUUGUUGUUGGUAAAAUAGAAGUAAGACACUUAAUUAUAGAAAGUUUGUAUUUUAUGAUAAAAGUGUGA